ACAGCUACACCCACAGCUACACCCACAGCUACACCCACAUCAUCUACACCCACAUCAUCUACUCCCACAGCUACUCCCACAUCAUCUACACCCACAUCUACACCCACAUCAUCUACACCCACAGCUACAUCCACAGCUACACCCACAUCAUCUACACCCACAUCAUCUACACCCACAUCAUCUACACCCACAUCAUCUACACCCACAUCUACACCCACAUCAUCUACACCCACAUCUACUCCCACAGCUACAUCCACAGCUACACCCACAUCAUCUACACCCACAUCAUCUACACCCACAGCUACACCCACAGCUACUCCCACAUCUACUCCCACAUCAUCUACUCCCACAUCAUCUACUCCCACAUCAUCUACACCCACAUCUACACCCACAUCUACUCCCACAGCUACACCCACAGCUACACCCACAGCUACACCCACAUCUACUCCCACAUCAUCUACUCCCACAUCAUCUACUCCCACAUCAUCUACACCCACAUCUACACCCACAUCUACUCCCACAGCUACACCCACAGCUACACCCACGAGGGGAAUCAAAACCUUAUAACUAUCUGUAUAACUAUAAAAAUCUGUCUCCUUUUACUGCUAAUAAAAUAUAGAAAGCAGAAAGCAACUCACCAACAGUCUUUUAUUUAUUAAAGAAUGACAUGUCAUACUUUUUUUUAUCCAUUUAUAUUUACAAUUAAUGUUGUGCAGGUUAG